AUGGCUCAUUUCCUACAAAGCCAGAUUCGGAACCCCUAUGAUGGCGUACCUAUCAUGUUCUACCCGGUUGUCGUUAUCGGGGCCGGCGCAUCGGGAAUCGCAGCAGGCUGCCGACUGAAGCAGAAAUGUGGCUGCGAUCAAUUCCGAAUUUUCGACCGUCAGUCCGGUAUUGGAGGCACAUGGUGGAGCAACCGGUAUCCCGGGGUGGCCUGUGAUGUACCGGCCUUCUUUUACUCGUUCUCCUUUGCACCAAACUAUAUGUCGAAGACUAUCUUUCCGUCUGGCCGUGACUACGUCGACUACCUCUACAAUGUGGUAGAAGAAGCUGGAAUUGCGGAUAAAAUCCAGCUGAACACAGAAGUCAAGUCUGUGGAGUGGAUCGAGGAGGACGCUGAGUGGGAGAUACAAGCCUGCACGACCUAUAGACAAGAGUCAUGUGGUGCAGACCCCUCAGUUGCGAGAUUCACAGAGAUCGUGCGUGCUAAGGUGGUCAUCAGCGCUGUGGGCAUUCUGGUUGAGCCAAAUGGAUGGCCUCCCGGCGUUUCUGGACGUGACACCUAUCGCGGUGAGCUGAUACACUCAGCACGGUGGCCAGCAAAGACAAACUUAGAUGGUAAAGAUAUUGUGCUCAUCGGAUCUGGGUGCAGUGCGGCACAGAUUGCACCUGCCCUUCUCCAAACCAAUGUUAAAUCAUUGACUCAGAUCGUGCGGACGCCGCCAUGGCUGGUCCCACGUAUUGAGGAGCCCGGUGGACGGAAGACUUAUGCAAAGUGGGCACCAUGGGUAUAUGGCACAAUACCAGGACUAGGGUACACCGUUCGUAUGCUCCUCUGCGGCAUAUCAGAAGUCCUGUGGUAUGCAGUCUUCCAGCGGCCGGAUACAUCCUUCAGACAACGCGAGGAGGCAUCCUCCCUCGCUCAUAUGCGUGCCCUGGCUCCCGUCGCAUAUCACGAGCAAUUGACUCCUAAAUAUCCUUUGGGAUGUAAGCGCCGCAUAUACGACAAUGACUGGCUCCGAGGGAUGCAUGACCCUCGCUUCUUGCUCGAAUCUCGGCCCUGGCGUAGCGCAGCUGACAGGUCCAUCACCGUGGGCAAUAAGGACGAUGUGAAAACUUACCCUGCAGACGCGCUGAUCCUCGCUACUGGGUUCGAGAGCAGCCAGUUUCUCCACCCGAUAUCCGUUUUAGGACGACACGGUCUCUCCCUGCAUGGCCUCUGGGCAACUCGUGGUGGUCCCCAUGCUUAUCUCGGGACCGCAGUGGACGGAUUUCCCAAUUUCUUCAUGAUAUUAGGCCCCAACACAUUUGCUGGUCACACCUCAGUCAUUAUGGCAAUUGAAAACAGCGUUGGUCAUGCGAUACGGCUGAUCAAGCCCAUUUUAAAUGGCGAAGUCGAGAGUGUUGAACCCAAGGCCGCUGCAGUCCAGACAUGGUUGGCAGGCAUCAGGCGUGAUAUGGCCAAGACCGUAUUCUCAGGGUGUCAAAGUUGGUAUAACGGUGGAGGUGGAAACAACCCGGUGAUGUAUCCGUAUGUGCCUCUUCAUUUAUACAAGCACGAAUAA